CACACGCGCGCCCCGGGUCUACUGUAUGAUCAACACCUGCAGCUACCCCUUUGACAUUCACGAUUGUAGCUGCGCACCCACCUAGACGGCACAACAUCCUUGCUUGUCUCCACAUCAUAACAACCCUUCUGAGCCCGCUUCCCUCACCACACAAAUCAGAUACAAAAUGGAUGAAAAGUACGACGCCAUCAUUCUCGGCACAGGAGUGACGGAAUGCGUCCUGUCCGCGCUCCUGUCCGUCGAGGGCAAGAAAGUCUUGCACAUUGACCGCAACGACUACUACGGAGCAGACUGCGCCAGUCUAAACUUGACCCAGCUUUGGCAAAAGUUUAGACCUGGUCAAGAGCCACCAAAGGAUAUCGGUCGUGACAGAGACUAUGCAGUUGAUCUCAUUGCCAAAUUUAUGAUGGCCAAUGGGGAACUGACAAAGAUGCUGGUUCACACUGAUGUGACCAGAUACCUGGAGUUCAAACAAAUUGCGGGCUCCUACGUUUUCCGCGAUGGUAGAGUGGCCAAAGUGCCGGCUACGGAGAUGGAAGCGGUCAGGAGCUCCCUCAUGGGUCUCUUUGAGAAGCGCAGAGCAAAGAAGUUCUUCGAGUUCCUUCAAAACUGGAAGGACGAUGAUCCUGCCACACACCAGGGGUUGAGUCUGGAUAACGACAACAUGACGAAAAUUUUCGACUACUUUGGUCUUGAGCCUGGCACACGCGACUUCAUUGGUCAUGCUAUGGCCCUUCAUCUCGAAGACUCCUACAUGCAGCGACCUGCGAGAGAGACGUAUGACCGCAUCAUCUUGUACACAUCCUCAAUGGCGCGUUACGGCAAGUCGCCUUACAUCUACCCUCUUUACGGGUUGGGCGAGCUCCCUCAAGCAUUUGCUCGUCUUUCCGCCAUCUACGGAGGUACCUACAUGCUUGACAAGCCUGUCGACGAAAUCGUGGUAGAUGAAGAGACUGGAAAGUUCAAGGGAGUCCGAAGUGGCGAGGAGACUGUCUAUGCGGAUCUAGUCAUUGGUGACCCAAGCUACUUUAGACAGGGCGUUGGAGCGGCUGACAAGAGGAAACAGCUGGUCAGGGAGACAGCCAAAGUUGUCAGAGCUAUUUGUUUGCUCAAGCAUCCCAUUCCAAACACGGACAACACCGACUCCACUCAGCUCAUCAUCCCUCAGAACCAGGUCAACCGCAAGCACGACAUUUAUGUUGCCGAGGUCUCGAGCGCUCAGAACAUUUGCGCCAAGGACAUCUACGUUGCGCAGGUCUCGACCAUCGUCGAGAGCUCUACACCCGAGUUGGAGCUUCGACCGGGUUUCGAACUUCUUGGUCCCAUCUUUGAAAAGUUCGUCACUGUUGCGCCAGUCGAAGAGCCCUUGGAGGACGGCAAGGAAAGCAACAUCUACAUUACGCGCUCCCUCGAUGCUACUUCUCACUUCGAGACGCUUGUGGAUGAUGUUCACUCCGUCUUUGAGAGGUGCAUGGGCAAGGGUCUCGUCCUCAAGAAGCGAGAGGAGGGAGCUCAAGUUCAGGAGUAGAGGUGAAGGCGGCCUGUACAAAUUCGGAAAAUUUCUUGCUUGCAUUCCACCGCGCUGGUUUUGACACCUAACGGCUAUCACGGACGGAAGCACCGCCCGCUUCCUUGGCAUAGCCUCCCUCUGUCAAGCUUCGAUUGAAGCGACCUCGGCACUGACCAAUUCGCUAAUGACAACAUCGAUCUUCGAGCCCGUACAUUCGUUUGCGCUUGCGCUCGUCGUCGAAGUUCGUGUCCAUCAUCGCAGUCACGGCCCGGUGAUCAUCGAUGUCCCGACAAAAGGUCAUGCAUUUCAAGCCCUGCGAACCUUGGGCAUACCAGGCACGAUGACCUCCCCAAGAACAGCCCUGGCUUCGAGUCCGACGCGCGGCAAG